AUGUGCCCGGAGGAGGACGGGGGCUGCGGCGGCGUGGCGGUCUCGGCGGCGGCUGCUCCCGCUGCUUGUUCAGCCGCGAGUGGCGGUCCGGAGGGGACAACGGCGACGGCCACCGGCGGAGCGGCGGCGACCUCUCCGAGCCUCCUGAGCGAGCUGCGCUCCUGGUGGGAAGUGCCGGCCGUCGCUCACUUCUGCUCGCUGUUCAGGACCGCUUUCCGACUGCCCGACUUCGAGAUCGAGGAACUUGAAGCAGCUCUUUACAGUGAUGAUGUGGAUUUCAUCAGUGAUCUGAUUGCCUGUCUUCUUCAGGGUUGUUACCAGCGCAGCGACAUUACAUCUCAGACAUUUCAUGGCUACCUUGAAGAUAUCAUCAACUAUCGCUGGGAACUGGAAGAAGGAAAGCCCAACCCCUUACGAGAAUCUACUUUCCAGGACCUGCCCUUACGCACCCGUGUGGAAAUACUGCAUCGUCUUUGUGAUUACCGACUUGAUGCUGAUGAUGUCUUUGACCUGCUCAAGGGUUUGGAUGCAGAUAGCCUCCGGGUGGAACCAUUGGGUGAGGAUAGCAAUGGUGCCCUCUACUGGUAUUUCUAUGGCACUCGGCUCUAUAAAGAGGAACCCACAAAAUCAAAUGGAGAGUUGUCUUCUGACAGGGGAUGUGGGACACAGACAAGCGCUCCCAGUGUUCCUGGAAAAAUAGUAAAAAGACGAGGGCGUCCUCCAAAACGGAAAAAAUUGCUGGAGGAGAAUCUGUUGAGAGAGAAGGCAGAAGAAAAUGCACUUGUGCAUGAGUCACAGUUGAGAAAUGGUUCUCAAGGACCAGGUUGUGGAACAUGGUGGCUGCUGUGUCAAACAGAAGAAGAAUGGAAGCAGGUUACAGAGAGCUUUCGAGAAAGAACAUCUUUAAGGGAGAGACAGCUCUACAAGCUCUUGAGUGAAGACUUCCUGCCAGAAAUCUGCAACAUGAUUGCACAGAAGGAAAAACGUUUGCACCGGAUGGAGUUUUCUUCCAGAUGGAUGUCAGAUCAUCAGCACAUCAAACCAAUCCAACAGGAGGUUACUCCAAUGGUGCUCAGCAGAAUGGAGAAGCAGAGACGGCGGGAAGAGGAGGAGGAACGUCAGGUCCUUCUGGCAGUUCAGAAAAAAGAGCAGGAACAAAUGCUGAAGGAGGAGAGGAAACGAGAAAUGGAGGAGAAAGUCAAGGCAGUGGAAGAACGAGCCAAGAGAAGGAAGCUCCGAGAAGAGAGGGCCUGGCUGCUGGCCCAGGGGAAAGAACUUCCUCCUGAGCUUUCUCAUUUGGAUCCCAGUUCACCUGCUAGGGAUGACAGAAAGACCAAGGACCUCUUUGAAUUGGAUGAUGAGUUCACUGCCAUGUACAAAGUUCUAGAUGUGGUGAAAGCUCACAAGGAUUCCUGGCCAUUCUUGGAGCCAGUUGAUGAAUCUUAUGCCCCAAAUUACCACCAGAUCAUUAAGGCUCCGAUGGAUAUCUCAAGCAUGGAGAAGAAACUGAAUGGUGGCCAAUACUACACCAAGGAGGAAUUUGUGGGUGACAUGAAGACCAUGUUCAGGAACUGCCUUAAAUACAAUGGUGAAAAUAGUGAAUACACUAAAAUGGCUUAUAACUUAGAGAGAUGCUUCCACCGGGCAAUGAUGAAGCACUUCCCUGGAGAAGAGGGAGACACAGAUGAUGAAUUCUGGAUCAGAGAGGAUGGGAAGCGGGAGAAAAGAAGUCGUCGGGCUAUACGUUCUACUGCAGGAAAUGUUUGGACCAGAUCCAGAGAUUCUGAAGGAUCUGGUAGAAAGCAGCCACACGUACAAAAUGGAGGAAAACUUCCACCACACAAGGCAAAACAUCGAGUUCCCACUUCUUCCUCAUCUUCCUUCUCCUUUUCUGUAGAGGAUCCAAGUAGCAGCUUAAUUCAGCCCUCUGGAGAAGUAGCCUCUUCUAAUGGGCAAGGGUUCCUGCGCUCACACCACUACAGUGGCGCACCCAACCAUGUAUCCCAUCCUGGGCAGAUGAGAACAGCAAUGCCAGGAACAUUUAGCUCUCUACAUGGGGCUGAUCCAGCAAAACCAUAUGGGUCACCUCGAGUACCAGAACCACACCCUAGUGAGCCAGGUCAACAGCACCAGCACUUUGCCAUGCAGCCUGCAGUUGGAUUAAAUGACCCCAGAGGACAUCGACUUCCUGCUCCAGACAAGCAGGUGUGUACAGGACCAAUGCAUCUCUCCACAAUAGGUCCUCAGCCUGGGUCUCUGCAACUUGGUCGAAUGAGUGUCCCACCCUCAGAGGCCAGUAUGUAUUCCCCUGUACAGUUCCAGCAAGGAUUCCUUUCUCCAAGGCACAACGGACCCCCUAUGAGACAACCAGAGACCUCAGAGCUUCCUCCUGGCCAUAUAUACAGAAGCUAUAAAUACCUAAACCGUGCACAUCCUGCUGUGUGGAAUGGAAGCCAUGACGCAGCAAACCAGAUGGCCCUGGGAGUAGACAAGAAACCUCCAAUGGGCCCAUGCCCCCCUAUGCCCCCACGUGCUUUGAGCCACAUGAUGGAACCUCGGGCACUGAGACCACCUUUGCCACCUGGUCAAUGGACUGAACAAUCCAAUUUCCUACCUCAUGGAGCUCCGCCCUCAGGAUAUAUCCGACAAGCAGGCAAAGGAUCUGGCCAGAGAAUGCAGCAACAGCUACCAGCCUCAUUAUUUGGGCCUCCCCCUCAAAUGCAGAGAGUAGCCCAGGGUGGGGAUUCCAUGAUGGACAGUCCAGAGAUGAUUGCCAUGCAGCAGCUGUCCUCUCGGGUAUGCCCACCCGGUGUGCCUUAUCACCCACGACAGCCUCCUCCCCCACACUUACCUGGACCAUUUCCACAACUGGCACGUGUGGCAUCUACGAACAUUCAGCCUCCAAAACCAGUUUUAGGAAAUGGAAACUCUCAGGACUCCAGUCAGACGACAGAGAUGGAGAACAACCGAGCAGAGCCUCCAACAGGAGUGGAACAGAAAACCCAGUGUGUUGGCCUCCUAGAAGGGACAUACCCCAAGCUGCUACCUCAUUCCAAGCCUCCCUUGCAAAUGGAUUGUUCCAGGCAGAACUUGACACAGGAAGGGGAGGGAGAUGACUCUGGAAUUAAAAAUGAUUCUAAAGCAACCCAGAGCAAGAACACAUGGCCAGUGGAGAGUAACUAUACAAGUCCAGUAGCCCAGGGGUGUGUGAGGGACAUUGCAACAACAGAAAGAGGACCUGUGCCUGAAAAUGGUGAAAGGCCAUCCAGUGGUUCAGAGGGGAAAUCAGUGGCUGCUAAUAUAAUGGAGAAGCCCCAGUGUACUGGGGGGAAAAAUCUUUUGGAAACUACUGUGCCUUGCAUGGGACAGAGUGCCAGUGCUCCUGCUGGUGUGGAUGGCAGUCCAGUGGGAGGCACCUCUGGUCAGUUUGCUCCUCUCUACAUGCCCAACUUGGAGUAUCCAAAUUCAGCCACACGAUACCACAUUAAUCCAGGAUUGCAAGGAUUCAGUCCUAUGAUGGGAGGGAAGCCCCCUCCAGUGUCCCACUCCCAGCAUUUUUCUGUUCGGGGCUUUCAACCUAAUAAUCCCCAUGGUGUUUUCCCUCGUUACCGUCCUCACCAGGGAGUGCCAUAUCCUUACCAGCCUCAGCCUGCCCCUUCUUAUCACCACUACCAGCAGCCUCCUUACUAUACUUGCCCACAGGGUUACUCAGAUUGGCAGAGGCCUUUCCCACCUCAGUCCAGUCCUACGGGGCAUCCAUCUGCCCAGUCACCUCUGACCAGACCUCCUUUUUCAGACAGAGGAACCAUGGGAAGUGGCAUGCAGGGCUGUGAGGUGCUUAGUGCUGCUCUGACUUCCCCUAAUCUAGUGGACAUGGCAAGCACCAAAGAGGUUUCAAGCAGUGGGCAAGAAUUGUCACCAGAGGCUGAGAAACCUGAUGAGUCCCAAGAGAGAUCUGAGAGUCCCAAAGAGUUUCUUGAUUUGGACAACCAUAAUGCAGCCACCAAGAGGCAGCGAUCAGUUGCAGCAGGAGAGUACCUGUAUGGCUCUCCCCCACCACCUUUGAGUUCUUCUGGGCUUGGAUUUAGUCCAUCUGCUUUUCCACCACAUGGUGUCAUGCUGCAGGCAGGGUCACCUUAUGCAUCACGGCAUCCAGCCAGUCACUUCCAGACCAGAGCUUAUGGGCCACCGGUGAAUGCUCACUUGUCGCAUCAUCCAGACGCUAAUCAAGCCAAUGGGCUUACUCAUGAAGGACCUCUGUACCGGUGCCAGGAAGAGAGUGUGGGGCACUUUCAGGCCUUAAUGAUGGAACAGACAGGACGUGGAGGUGGCAUGGGAGGACUGUCCCCAGAUAUGUACAGGACAGCAGGGAUGCACAUGCACCAGCUGCAAGCCCCAUACCCGAAGGUGCUUACAGCAACACCAGCCCAGGAAGAGGCACCACCACAGAAACAACCUGCAUUGCCUCUAGAUCAAAGUUAGUCUAAGAAUAGAGGAUUCUUAGAAUCUAAAAUUCAGAGAAGAUGACACCUACAUGUGACUGGAUAAGGGCAAAGGGGAACAUGCUUUCUACCCUCAUCUUCUUUCCCAGCAGCAUCUGGCUUCCAAGGUCUGGUGGAUCAGAGUGCCUUGGCAGCUUUCAGUUAACAUGGAAUUGCCCUGGGCCUGAGUCAGCCACAGGGCUGCCACAAUGACACAGAGGGAGCAUCUCAAACUAGAAAGCUUGUUUCUGACCAGAGAUUUUGAUUUCCUUCAGAACUUAAAGGGGCUCUGUUUGAGGGACGUUAAAUUUUCAUGAACUGCUAAAACUCAGGUAUAUUUUUCAGGGUGAAAGAUAGGAGAAAAUGAAAAAUACUUGUAUUAAUAUUUGUGUUUGGAACAGAAUCCAGUUUACAUAUUUUUUUUAACCUGUUGCCUUUUAAAAAAUAUUUCUGUUGGUGAAUGUAUUGUACAUUAUUAGGCUGGGAGUGGUAGGCCCAAAAUGUUGUGGGCAUAGCACUGGGCUGAUCAUAAACUGUUUACAAUCAUGUCACACUGAAAUCCUUCAGGAGAGUGUAGAUAUGGGAAAUAGUGGGACUUUGUGUGAUUUAUUUUUUUAUUGACAUCAGCUGUCAGUAGAUUUGGUCUGAAUAGUCUGAGCCUGGUAACUGGUUACAGGGACUGCUCAGUCAAAAUCUCAGUGUUCCUCUCUCCUAAUCAUGGAUUGUAUGCACUGCCUUGCCUGUUCCUUCCUCCUGUAGGAACAAGGAAAUCAGGAACUGGAAUUUCCAGGAAAUUGGGAAUUUUGUGUGAGACUGUAGCAGCCUGAUAGUUUCUGACUGGGAAUCAUCCUUAUGUCAGUAAACCUCAAAACCUUGGUUCAUAUGGUGCUGGGAUAGAAGAAAUCCUUACAGGUAUCAUUAGUGAAACUGCUGUGACUUUAGGACAGGGCAGACGAAAUGCAUAUUGAGCUAUUUGGUCUCACUGUAACUUGGCUUAUACUCCCAUGAAAAGAAUACUGAAAUAGAGUUCCUCCCCUUAAAUUUCAGCCAUCUGUUAUUGUAGGAUGCAGACAUGCUUUCUGGAUAACUUUUGAUCCUAUAUGCAAGCACUGAAGUGUGUGAGCUAAGAGAGAGAAAACUUGGUAAUCGGAAUAGCUGUUUUACAACUGGGAAUAUCAUAAGACGUAGCGAACACAAGUUUAAACCUUCCCUGAGUUGGAAGUAUUGCAUGUUUGGGACUUCAAAAACAACUAUUUUGACUAUAUGAAGAGCUUGCCAAAUAAAGAAAGCUGUCUGAUGACAGAGCUGAGGUGUGUGUGGGGGGGACAUUGUUACAGGGGAUGUCGAUGUGUUGGCUGAUCUUUAUGGUGUUACCAGGACUGGCAGCGAAGAGCACUUGGAGACAUUACAGACCUUUACAAAGCUACAUAAAAGGUUCUUACACAGACUCUGUGACACUGUAGUCACUUGUUAAUUCUGGCAUACAGGAGAUUAAUUUUUAACUAUAAAAAUGAUCAUGAUAGGAAGAAACAAAGCGCUCUGACAUAGCGUGAAGCAAUGUGGUGUUCUGUUUUGUGAACCUGUGGUUCUCAUCAGGUCUGGAUGCAAAUUCAUUAGGACACAAACACAUUCCUUAGACACUACUGUUUUCUGCUGAUGGAUGCCAUAGCUCUGUCCAUUUGUUUACUUGGAUUGUGCCUGCAGUGAGGUUAGAAAUAGGCCUUAAGACAAGUGCUCCCUUACGCCCAGUACAAGUCUGUUGUUGAAAAGGGAAGAUUUCAUGUUUAUUUGAUUCCUGUGUUGAGUUCCACCUGUAGCAGGAAAAGGUUUUUAUACAUGCAAGGAAAAGAGAGUAUGGGCCAAAUGCCUGCUUUCAGUCUCAUCAUUAUAUCAACCCAAAGCCAAAAAGUCAGUAAACAAGCCCGCAUCUCCUCAUAGCUUGUCCAGCUCACUUAAUUCAUUUAAGACAGGUUAGCAUCCCUGUGCAGUGCAUAGAUCAAAUCUGCUUUAGACAGAAAUGCUUUUUAGGAAUAUAUUGAAGGAGGCAGGUAUUAACUCCUUAGUCCCUGAAUUUUUUAAAAAUAGUUUUUAGAUUUUGAACAAUAUUUUUUAUCUCAUCUGCUUCUCCAACAUUAAUUUCUGUUGCUAAGAAUUUUAGUCCAGAUGAAUCACCUUUCUGAAUAAGCUCACUGGCAGUUAUCAUAACAAUUUGGUGUAAGAUCCAAAGAGGUCCUAUCUGUAGCUAUUGCUAAAUAUUACUUGAGGGUUUGCAUGGUUCUGCUCUUCUUUUUCAUCUCUUCUGAUGGAGUGCCUGAUAACUCCAUAACCCAUCCAGGAGAAAUCAUUACUCAUUGUACAGUAUGUGCUUUUACUUUUGGAAUAAAUUCUAGGUGCAUAGCCAUUUUACUCUGUGAAAUUAAAACCAGUGAAUGCUGUGGCACUUUCCAGGCUAACUAGUAGUGGGAAGUACCUUGAAAGCAACACACCAACCUUAUCAGCAACUGUGUUGUUCUGUGCAUGUUGUUAUCUGUGAAUGCUUAUGACACAAUAAGCUUGUUAAGGUGGGCUUAACAUCACUGACAUAGGCGUGGCCCAUUGGAUUCAUAGAGUAAUCUCUAGUCUCUGUAAACAUGUGGUUGUUUAUUGCUCCGAGGGAGGCAUUGCAACUAGUUAUUGAUUGUAUUUCUUCUAAAAUUGUAUGGAAAGCUUUUCCUGUUUUCCAGUUUUUGCUGUUAUGCUUUUGACAGUAGUGGUUGAAUAGUACAUAUGUGAGCCUUUUGCAUGGCUAAGAGAGAGGAGUAGCACAGCUGCAGAUUGUCUGAUAAUGGGCUUCAAAGCUUGUGCUUAUUGUAAUGAAGGAGCCGUUUCAAGCAAAACCUUCUCACUCCUAUCCAUCUGUAUCUGUUUAACAUAUAGAUGGGGUACAGUGCAUUCCAACACUGCAGGAUUCCUACCUUCCAUGGAGAAAGAACACUUAGAAAAUAAAAACGCUAGCACGUAACACCCUGUAUACUUCUAACCAUUGGAAGAAAUGUGCAUAUAUUUCCUUUCUUUUUAUGCCAUUUACCCAAAGUAGUACUUCCAGAAAUAAAUAAAAAAAUUGUGGGCAAUCAUCACAAAAAUGUUACUAAAGCAUUGUGUAUUCCCCUCUCAGAAAUAAAAUAACCAUUUA